GAAUUGUAAAAUAAACAAAAUUUUAGUAAGGAAAAUAAGUGAAAUUUGCUAUUUUCUAAUUGUGAAUCAGUGAAUUUCCCAUGAAUCAUUGCUUUUUAAAGAUGCGCCAACUAUUUGCGCAGUGGUAAAAGUGAGUCAGACAAGAGAGACAGAGAGAGGCAGUGUUUAAUGUCAAUGUAGCGAUGGGCAUUGCGUAAAUUAUUUUGGAGCCUGACAGUUUGAGUACAUAGAAUUUUUAAUAAAAAAAAAACAAUAACGAGUUGUUUGAAAAAUGUGUUUGUAAAAUAAACGAGUUGAAAAGUGUAAAACAAGAAGAGGAUAUUAUACAGAAAAAAGCGAGUGCCGAAGAAAAUCCAGUUGUUAUAAAGCCUAUACGUGUCCUUUCUCUUUCUCCCUCACACCUUCUGUCAUUUUGUCUCUCUCUCAUUCUCGCUCUCCAUUCAUCUCCUUUACUGGAGAGCUGAUUGCAAACCAACUCUUGUAAAAAGUGUGAAAAAUACAGUAUUGAAACCGGAAUUAUUCAAACUUUCGUUUAUUAAAGAAAAUAGUGCUAUGGUGCGGCGUCUGUGACAUUUUGUGAUCAAUUGGUUUCCUGUUCCCUUUGAACUAUCUCACUCCCUCUUUCACUCGUUCUUGAGGCAGAAGAAUGGAGGCGGUAGCGAAACACGACUUCUCAGCGACUGCUGAUGAUGAACUCAGCUUUCGUAGGAGUCAAGUUCUAAAGAUUUUGAAUAUGGAAGACGAUAUGAAUUGGUACCGGGCUGAAUUAGACUCAAGAGAAGGAUUAAUUCCGAGCAAUUACAUAGAAAUGAAAAAUCACGAUUGGUACUAUGGUAGAAUAACAAGAGCCGAUGCCGAAAGAUUAUUGAUGAACAAACACGAAGGCGCCUUCCUUAUUAGGAUUAGCGAAAGCUCACCUGGUGAUUUUUCCCUUUCCGUCAAAUGUUCAGAUGGUGUUCAACAUUUUAAAGUAUUGCGGGACGCUCAGGGAAAAUUUUUCCUGUGGGUGGUUAAAUUUAAUAGCCUGAAUGAAUUAGUGGAAUAUCAUCGUACAGCAUCUGUUUCACGCUCUCAGGAUGUUAAAUUACGUGAUAUGGUACCAGAAGAGUGUCUUGUACAAGCUUUAUACGAUUUUACACCACAAGAGCCUGGAGAGCUUGAAUUUAGACGAGGAGAUGUGAUUACAGUUACAGACCGUACAGAUCAACAUUGGUGGCAUGGAGAAAUCGGUAAUCGGCGAGGGUUGUUUCCGUCCACCUACGUAACCCCAUAUCACUCCUAGACCUCGCACAGAAGAAACGCAAGGCGUCAAGCGCCAUCAUAUCCGACAACCAUCAUUUACCGGAUAAGGCUUACCGCGGAAUUAAUUAACAGCAUUUUGCAAACACCAGCCAUUGAAUGGGCUACCAGAAUGUAUUGGUGGUCAAAGCGUAAAGUUUUCUAACUCUGCAAAAAACAGGGUAUAGUCAAAAAAAGAAAUUUCCUUAAUCGUUGGCUUAACAACUUUUAAGCCCAAUUAAACGAGAUAAAAUACCACUUGAUAUAUGGAAAAAAAAUUGUCGCAAAUUGCAGAAUGAAACUGCAGUGACAUUAAAAUGUCGAUUACUUUCCUCUGAAUAUUCGAGUAUUUUUUUUUUUUUUUGCUUUUUUUUAACCAAAAAGAGAAUUUGAAAACAUAAAAUUCUACACAAAAUAAAAUCUAUAUCAAAAGCAGAGAAAAUUCUCGACAAAAUCAAAAUAUGCUGUGCUAAAAAUGUGGUUAAAAAUUUACGUUUAAACGUAAAGCAAAAAAGAAAAAAAAAUGUGGUUGUUUGUCAAUGGAUGUUAAAUCGCAAGCUAAUUGUAAACGUGUGUAAGCUUUUUCAUCAGCCAUAUAUUGUACCAAUUUAUCACGCUCGCCAAGGCACUUGGGAUUGCAACAAAAAAAAAAAAAAAAAAAAAAAAACGAAUUUGUAAAACUUUUUCGAUACAGCUACUCGACGAAUGGGACCUACGCGACAUGUCGAUUGCGUUCGAGUGUAUUGUCAGCAUUUUUUAAAACGAAAAAAAAAUAAUAUCUACAAGAUUUUAUUAGUGAGAAAUAAAUUAAAUGCUGAGAAAUUGAAUAUUUUUUUUUCUCUUUCGUCUAUAAUUAAACAUCUCGAGCGCAGUCAACGGGCCUAAAAGCUGAUUUCCCACGAAAAAAAGGAACUACGUAUACAUAAAUAUUAAUAGUAUUUGAAAAUGCGUUAUUCUUCGACAUUGGGUUAACACGCAUUGAUGAAAAAAAAUGUGUUUACCUGUAUUGUAGAAAUUAUAUCUUUACAGUGAUUAUUGCAAAACAAGAAAAAAAAUUGACAAUUUGCACAAUGGAUAAAUGCAGUACUACUUAUUAUAGACAAAGCAGCACUUUUUCUUGGAAUAUUGUUAUUUUUUUUUCGAGAUACUUUUUUUCCCCCUAAAUAGAAUACCAGAUCGAUAACAGCGCUGGAGUUUGAAAAUAAGCCUCGUUAAAAAAAAGAAACAACAGAAAACAAAUAUUUGAAGCAUUUUGUUUUGUAUUAAAAAGUGAUUCUUCCAGUUGCAUGAUGCAAAGAAAAAAAAAAGAAGGAAAAUAGAAGGAAUUAAUAUAAAAAGAGAAUAUAAAAAAAAUAUUACCUUAGUAAAAAAAAAACCGAGAACUAAUCUUUUACGGAUUAUCGAACAGAAAAAUUGACUGAUUUUAUUCGUACAUUAUUUGUAUACAAAGCACAGUAUCGGAACUUGGGAUUUACGAAAUAGUACCUACGGCACUAGAUCUCAAACAUCAAUUUGUAGCUUCUUUCCGAUCAGUUUUAUUUUAGCCAGUACGACUAAGAUACUUUUUUUUUUAAUUGUCAACUGUUAAAAACUGUUUUUUUUUCUAUUCUUGUGUAAAGAUUAUCAUUUACAGAAUAUAAUGAAAGUUAUGUAUAAUUUUCUGGCAACGUUUUUAACUUGUACAUUAUUGAUGAGAAAAAAAAAAUUACUUUGUAAACAUUUUUUUUUCGGCAAACUCUCUGCUCACAUUACGUUCCAUACGGACAAAACUAUUAUGUAAUUAUUAUUAUUAUUAUUAAUUUUUAUUGUGUUAUGUUACAUUUUAUUAUUAACAAUAUAUUAUAUUAAUUGUAUAA